GAAGAACAUACAUAUGUUUUAAAACUUGCUACAGCACUGAAAGCGCGAUUACAAUAUGCACGACUGAAAGUCUCUAGUGGAAUGACAAAUAAGAAUCUUCAACAAGUAGAAGAAGCAAUGAUGGUCCAAGAUAAUCUUCAUCCUCCCACUCCUUCUUCUAUACCAAAAGAUGAACAUGGUGAACAAGAAGCUGCUGCUGCUCGUACGAUUAUGCUGUUAUCUUCUGAAAGGGAGUCUCCUGCAUCUCCUCAUCAUUUUUUUCCUGCUUAUUACCGGGUAUCACCACCUCAUACGCCCAUCUAUAAUCAUCAUCAACCUAAUGCUUAUCCACCUUCUCUUUAUGAAGUGGUAGCAAAGGAUCAUGACUAUUUUGAAAAGAGUAAACAAGUGGGUCAUCAACU